AUGGCUGCAGUCGUAUUUAUCACCGUCCACGGCUCAAAUGGCGCCACGAUUUUAUUGGUGUGCUUCAAAACGAAGGUAGCACCACUCAAACAACUCACCAUCCCGAAACUUGAACUCACCGCAGCAUUGCUGCUCUCAAGACUCAUGCAAUACGUUCAAGCCACCUUGAAGUUGAACGUCACAGCAACUCACCUGUGGACGGACUCUGUUGUGACACUCACGUGGAUCAAAUCUCAUGCAUCGCGCUGGAAGGAUUUCGUGAGAAAUUGGGUCUCUCAAAUUCAAGAGCUCACUGCGAACGCACAUUGGAAAUACGUACCAGGUACGUCCAACCCAGCCGAUUGCGCCUCACGAGGAUUAAAUACUGCUCAACUCCAAAGUCACUCAUUAUGGUGGACGGAACCACCGUGGAUACUCACCCCUGAAGCUUGGCCAUCUCAACCCGCGCUUUCGGACGAGUUGAGCGAGCAUAAGGCUCGUCCUGGCAUUGCGCUACAUGCGGCCGCAUCUCAACCGGACUAUCACUGGGACCUGAUUAUAGCUUUGGAGGAAGCCAGAUUCUUCUGGAUUAAGGCUACUCAAGCGGCAUACUUCACGUACGAGAUCAAGAUACUCACGGCCAACUCGAGAUCACCAACUGCUCACGCAUUCAGUCGAUUGACUGCGUACACAGACGCUCAAGGACUCAUCCGAGUUGGCGGCCGUCUCAAUCAACCAACAUUGGAUCAAGACAACAAACAUAAGGCGAUGUUACCUUGCCACUCACGCUUCUCAACCUUAAUCAUCGCUCACGCCCAUUUGCGCACCCUGACUGGAGGAACACCGCUGACAUUGGCUCAUGUCAGGCAAAAUUACUGGAUCAUCGGCGGACGGGCUCCGCUCAUCCAGCAGCAUGUUCAGCAUGUUUGGGCACAAUGGACGGCUCAUUAUCUGCAACGCCAGCAGGCGAUAUCCAAGUGGCAUCAUCCUAACAACAACAUCAAGAUGGGUUCCAUCGUGCUGCUCACCGACGAACGCUCUCCACCGUGCAAAUGGCCACUCGCCAGA